UUAGUCUAUGGUACGUGUCCAUUGUUUUUCUACAAUGUUAUUUUUCUGACUGCUGCUGGUGGACGAAAAUUUUGUUCUCGCUGCGUCGAGAGUGAGUUUGUGCUAGUGUUCGUGUUCGAUACAGUGAUUUAUUUGCAAUAGAUCACGAAGAUGUCGUCACCGAGCGCUGGAAAACGUCGUAUGGACACAGACGUCAUAAAACUCAUUGAAAGUAAACACGAGGUGACGAUACUGGGCGGUCUGAACGAGUUCUGCGUGAAAUUCUUCGGACCCCCCGGCACUCCCUACGAGGGCGGCGUGUGGCGGGUGCGCGUGCACCUCCCGGACCAUUAUCCGUUCAAGUCGCCCUCCAUCGGCUUCAUGAACAAGGUGUACCAUCCGAACAUUGAUGAGGUGUCCGGCACCGUGUGCCUGGAUGUCAUCAAUCAGGCGUGGACCGCGCUAUACGACCUAUCAAAUAUAUUCGAAUCGUUCCUGCCACAACUGCUGACGUACCCCAACCCGAUAGACCCGCUGAACGGCGACGCCGCCGCCAUGUACCUCCACAAGCCGGAGGAGUACAAGAAGAAAGUUUCAGAUUACGUGCGAAGGUUCGCGACGGAGGAGGCGCUGCUGGAGAAGGACGCGAUCACGGGCAUGGGCGCGACGUCGGCGUCGUCCGCCAAGCCGGCCAACGGCGCCGCCAGCGAGACCGAGUCCUCCAUGUCCGAGUUCAGCGACGACGAGGCGCACGACAUGGAGUUAUAACGGCGAAACUGCCGCCGCUCGCUCACUGCCCUCCCGGUUGUCCCGUGAUCCGUGCCAAGCGUUGUAAUUCCGCGUUCGAAUUUCGAACUUCGAAUUUCGACUCCCGCGCUCGCAGAUGCCCGGCCUGGACUUCUCUCGUUGUUGUUGUUGUUGUUGUAGGUCGCCAGUGCUGUUUUUCGGUGUUCGCUUUUUGAAUUAUGAAUUUGGAUGGAUGUGCGGUUUGAGUUCUUUUUUCGAAUCAAGCUCUCUGCGGCGCCGUUUACAUAUCGAAUAAUUAUUUAUAUCCUCCUCGUUCUUUGAAUUUUCAUGGAAUUCGAUAAGUAAACCAAGAAUUUGUUCACACAUUUUGCUUAGUAGUACUCAUCUUUAACUCGGAGUAGAACUGUGAAUCUGAAUUACAACGCAGGCACGUGAAAAUUUCGCGCCAACUUAACGUCGAGAAAAAACAAUAUUAUAUAAUCUGUGCCGUGUUCACACUCACACAAAUACUUAAUACAGAUUAUAUAUUUUAUGGACCACAAAUGCCAAUUCUAGGUUAACUUUGAACUGCUCAUAUGAAGUGAACGAACACGGCGUGUAUGCUUUAACAUUGAAUAUAAAUUAAAAUUUCGUAUUUAAACGUUCUUGGUGUGUUUUGGAUUGUUAGAUAUUUGUUCGGCUUUGAUAGUUGGGCUCGGCGCGUGCGCAUGUGCUUGGUUACCACCAUCUGUGCGGCGCGUCGAGUCGAUUCUUAGAUACGGAACCUGACGCUGCGAUGGUGCGAGCUGAUAAACAUCUUCAUUAUUUUAUCAUCAUCCUUUUUUUUAUUGCUAAAUAUAUUUGGCUUUUAUUCAAGGAGACGGAAGUCUACAGAGCAGAUUGUUUCACUUAAAAAUGUUUUGUUUCAAGAAAGAGACAGACUUUAACCUUACUCUUUAUUUUUUAUGAAAACAUCAUCGGUUUGAAUAAGUUCUUAUCUCAUAAAGCAUAUUUCCUUUUGACCAGUGUAUUUAUAAAGAAAAGAUAUAAAAAAAUCAUAAACAAUGAGUGUUCUUCAACUUGCGAUGUCCAAGCGUCAGGUGAUCGUCAUUACGCUUAAGGCGAGCUACCAAAUGAAAGUGUUCACGGUAUUGUAUCGGUAAAUGUAGAAUGUACUCGAAAGAUAAUUCGAUAUAUUGGUAGGUUACGUUCGGAUGAACUAUUUUUAAUCUAUGUUAGCCGGUAUGGUGGUAUGUCUAUCUCUAUAUAUGUGAGACAGGCGCGUAUGUUUUCGAAGUAAAUCAUAAAAUUAUAGUUCCAUAAAAUAUGAACUUUAACUAACAUAUUUUAAUCUUGGUAAUUAUAAGCGAUGGCAACACAGCGGUGACUAGUGAGCGAGAUAGCAUUUUGUAAAUAUCUUUUUAAUCUGUCCCCAUAGCAUAAAUACAAUCAAUCUAUUGAGCCCGUUUCAACGGACUGCAGUCAUCACUAUAUCUCAUAGGUAUUUAAUUUUUUUAUUAGAGUUAAUUUUUAAUGAUGUGUCAUGUUUUGUGUUUUUGUCCAUCUCCCUCUGACACGGCUACCGCACCAUAUAUCAAUGUUUUAUAUUCGUUGGCAACACUGAAAAUUUUUUUUCGACAAUUGAAAAAGUAAUAGCCGUCUUAUUAUAUUAUAUAAGGGAAGGGUUUGAAAAUAAAUAAAAAAAAAAUAAAUCAAGAAGAAUUGUUUAAAAUGUCUAUCAAUUCCAUUUCAAAAAAUUUUAAAUAUCGUUUGUUUGUACUUUCUUUCAAUUAAAUUUUUUACAUCCCGAACUAAUAUAAUAUACCGUAAGACGAUAACUGUAAAUUGAUUCUCUUAAAAAAUGAAUAUCAAAAAUUGUCAAUAGAGGUUGAGAAUGUUGAAAUGUUAUAACUGUACUUAGUGUAAUUGCUCUUUCGCUUAGAGAUGUUUUAUUUUAGCACAAUUUAAUUUUCUAUGUUUGUAAACGUAGUCUUCCCUUUAAGUUGUCACUUUCAGCUGUGUGUACUCGAUGGUGGAUUCAUGUAAUUUGAUUUUAAAAUUGACGACCAUUCUUAUUUUAUCUUUGAACUCAGCGUCCGCUUAGUAGAAAACGUCUUUCGUGCUUGUCAACAUGACAUUGACAUUGAACUGGUCUUGCCAGUUGUGGCUUAUUUUGUAAUGUUCUUUUUAAUAUCAGUUAUUUAAUCGGAGUAUAGAUUAGCUGUUUGUUAUCUACGUCACGUUUAUAUUAAAUUCAUUGUUACGGAUAUCUUUUAAAACUAAAUUUCAUUAUAAAAAGUUUUUUUUUCGCUAAUU